CGUGUGAAUGUGACGUCACCAUUGUUUACUUUUACCGUAGCCACGCCCCCUGUUAGCAACUUGUGGCUAGCUCGGUCCCAGGGAACGUACAGCACCGAGGUCUCUUUUCUAGACACCACCCAGAAUCAAAGACUGUCCGUCUGCACAUAAUUCGGCCACUGAAGUCCAGAUGCAUGAGUCUGGGACAGAACCAACGAGCCGCACCAUUCCAGCUACUCAGACAGAGAACGGGAGUCAUACUGAGAAUGAGAGUCGAGUGAGCAGCAGCCAGAGUCCUCCAGAGGCACCGAGGGUUCCAGUGUCUUUGUCUAUGAUGACCCCACCAGCCGAGGCUCCACAACAGCUACAGCAGACGCCGCAGCAGCAGAUCCUCAGUCCUCAGCAGCUCCAAGCGCUCCUCCAGCAGCAGAAGGCACUCAUGUUACACCAGCAACAAAUUCAAGAAGUCUUCAAAAAUCAGCAAGAGCAGUUAAAUAUACAGCUGCUGCAACAGAAGAAUGCUGGGAUUGUUAGCCAAGAGCUCACAGCCCAACAGAUCGCUAUCCAGCAGCAGCUUCUUCAGAUGCAGCAGCAGCAUCUCCUCAACCUGCAGAGGCAAGGCCUGCUGUCCGUUCUACCCACCAACCCCACUGCAGCUGCAGGCUGUGAGAAUGGUAGCAUCCUGUCCACGAGCGGAGACUCCAGAGAGUCUUCCAGUCAACAGCCGACCAACAACAGUCAUCACUCAGUCCUGAAGAGAAAGGAAAGCGGCUCAGUGGAUGAAAUCACGCAGACAAGCCACCCGCUGUAUGGAAACGGCAUGUGUAAAUGGCCGGGAUGCGAGACCGUCUUUGGAGACUUUCAGGCAUUCCUCAAGCAUUUGAACAGUGAGCACACCCUGGAUGACAAGAGCACAGCACAGUGUCGCGUGCAGAUGCAAGUGGUUCAGCAGUUGGAAUUCCAGCUGAAGAAGGACAAAGAGCGACUGCAAGCUAUGAUGGCUCAUCUCAAGUCGUCUGAGCCCAAACCCGCAGCACAGCCCGUGAAUCUGACGUCUAACGCAUCGUUCUCUCAGGCGGCGUUGCCCAAAGGCCCUCCCCCUAUGAGCCUGUCCCAGAGCGCCACGGCGCCCUCCACGCCCCUGACGCCGCUCUCCGACUCCCCCUCGGUCCUCACUCCAAAUAGCAUGUUCACUGGAACGCCGGUACGGAGGCGCUAUAUCCGCUCUGUGAGCCAAGAUAUCAUCGACAACAAGGAGUUCUACUUAAGCACUGAAGUCCGGCCUCCAUUUACGUACGCCUCUCUCAUCAGACAGGCAAUAUUUGAAUCUCCUCGCAAUCAGCUGACAUUGAAUGAAAUCUACAACUGGUUUACAAGAAACUUUGCAUAUUUCAGGCGUAAUGCAGCAACAUGGAAGAAUGCUGUCAGGCACAAUCUUAGCCUCCAUAAAUGCUUUGUGCGUUUGGAGAACGUGAAGGGAGCCGUGUGGACCGUGGAUGAAAUCGAGUUCCACAGACGACGGCCCCAGAAGACCACAGGCAACGGAUCCCUGCUGAAGAACUCUCCAAACCAGAGCUUGGUUGGAUCCGCUCCUCAGCGUGGCGCUCCAGACAGCAGCAGCUCCCUCUUCCACCCAGCGUCUCUGGGCAGCAUCCCAUUGCACUCCCUGCCUCACGUUCUCCAGGAGCAGAUGAACGGAGCACUCGCUAAUGGGUCUGGAUACCAAAGUGACAGCAGUGCUACGCAGUCCCCUCCCCAGGCUUUCAGCAUCAAGGAGGAGCAGGAGGACGAGGAGAUCUGUGAAAGUUACCCGUACGAGUCUCCGGAGAGCACGGACGAGCACGGCCACAGUCCAGAGAUGAACCCCGACGAUGACGGCGGCAGCCCGGUGAGGCCCAGCCUUCACCUGGACCGCGUGCCUUCUCUCUGACUAUGACGUUCACCCUCACCUCGCUCACAGUGUGCGCGACCCCGCGCUCCAAACCAGAGCUUCAUCUACGUAACCAAACACAUUGUUUAAUGGGAUUUAUUUUCCUCGCAUUAACCAGCCUCUGUUGUUAUUAAUCUAGCUCUUAAUUCUGUCUGUAUAGUAGAUGGAGAUCACAAGAACACAUUUGUGAAACUGUCUUUUAAUGAUUUUACUUCUAUUAUAUAUUCGCACAAGCGUGACCAGAGCAGAGAAACCAAAGGAAAGGAAACAUUUGAUAGUUAGCACUUCGCAUUGAAACGUUUUCCCCUUCUUCGGGGCCUCACUACCUAAUUUUAUUUUAGUAGUCAUUUAGUGGAGAAAGUAAAUGAAAUGUUUCUUUACAAUAAGUAUAUUCACUGCCAACAUGAUCUGAUAUAUUUGUAUUUGAAGUAUAAUCAAUUGAUCAAAGGAAUAGAAAUCUUUAUACUUGUUGCUCUUUCGUCACUUCCAUGAACAUGGUAGAAUUUAAAGAGUAGAUCAUGUAGAGUUACCAUUAUUGUAAAACAACCCAUCUCUAUGAAUAAAAAUCCUCAUGAUAAAUGUGA